CACCCCCCACCACUCAAAAAAACCCUUAAGCCCCCGCAAAAAGCCUAAUCCGUACCCUCAGCAAGCCACGAACACCUCGGGAUUCCCCUCCGUUUCUCCCCGCAGCCAGCGCCGGCUCUCCCCGCGGCACGGCCGCUCCGCUCCUCCCCGGGUCAGCUGACGGCGGCGGCGGUCCCGUCAUGGCCGCCCGGAGCGGCGCGGCUGAGGCGCUGGUCCUGCUUCUCCUCUGGUUCGCAGCCCUGGAGGGAGCGGCGGGCUCGGAGCCGCCGCUCAAGUGCGAGGAGCUGCGGUUGGGGCAAUAUAUGUGUGAUGAGCCUAAAAUAGACAAUAGCACACAAGAACCAAUGAAUUGCACAAAUCACACAGCAUAUGUUCAAUGUCUGCCAGCACCAAAUAUUACUUGCAAAGAUCACCUUGGCAUAGAGAAAGUCUUUACGGGACAGGAAGUUGGAUUUUACAAGCCUAUUGAGUGUCGCAAUGUAAACGGAUACUCCUACAAAGUGGCAGUGGCUCUGUCCUUAUUUCUUGGAUGGUUGGGAGCAGAUAGAUUUUAUCUAGGAUAUCCUGCAUUAGGUUUGUUAAAGUUCUGCACUGUAGGGUUUUGUGGAAUUGGGAGCCUAAUUGAUUUCAUACUUAUUUCAAUGCAGAUCGUUGGCCCUUCCGACGGCUCCAGUUACAUCAUCGAUUAUUACGGGGCCAGGCUGACCCGCCUCAGCAUCACCAAUGCAACCUUCAGGAAAAUGCAGACCUACCCCUAACACCCCUAACUCUGGCAGGGAGUGGCACAAAUCCCCAGGUGCAGCUGGUUUUGACAGCUGGAUCCAGUGGUGCCCUGGAAUUGCUGAGGAUUUACUGAUCGCUCCCCGUCAGAAUGGAAUGUUAAAUGCACGGUGAACAAAGAUGACAAAAUGGGAAAGCUCCUCACGUGGGCAGGUUUACCUCAAAGCUGGAACUUUGGGACUGCUCUGUUUCUGAGCAGAGGGUUUGUUGCUGAGUUACAUCAUCUGUGAAACGUGCAGACUGUUGCAAUUUGCACUGAUGUGUCUGUGUCAUUUAGAGUGUUACAGAGAGCUGCAGAGAGAGUGCUCAUAAUAAAUAUGCAGAUAUUUAUUCCAUUGAAAUUUAUUAGAGUUUUAGCAUGGAUACACCUGGGGGGGUCUGUCCGUGUGGCAGUUUGGAAAUUAACUUAAAUAUCCCCAACCACACAAACUGCCUUUUUUUCCCCCAUCCUGUUAAAACCCAAAAAACCCCCUAAAUCUUAGGCUGGUGUAGCCUGUGAAAUUGUGUUAAUUGAAACAAUUAUUUCUUUAAAUUUUAGUCAAGUUGCAAAAUUUGGCCAAGUGCUGAUCAACAGUAGAAAUAUGGAUGUGUAAAAAAUAGAACUGUAGAUGACAUAUCACAAAAAAAGGAGGGUGGAUGUUGGGGUGCCCUGAGGUUAGAAAAACAAAUAAUUGUACUGCUUAUUUUUAUUUUUUUUCUUUCCCCUCUUGCAGCCAUCCAUAGUGAAAUAAAAACCUUUUUUCUCCUGAAAAUAA